AAAGUUUUAUCUUCUUUCAGAUAUAAGUGCCUCUGUGAUGCAGGCUGGGUUGGCAUCAACUGUGAAGUAGACAAAAAUGAAUGCCUUUCUAACCCAUGCCAGAAUGGAGGAACUUGUGACGAUCUGGUGAAUGGAUACCGGUGUACUUGCCCGAAGGGCUUUAAAGGCUAUAACUGCCAGGUGAAUAUUGAUGAAUGUGCCUCAAAUCCAUGCCUGAACCAAGGAACCUGCUUUGAUGACAUAAGUGGCUACACUUGCCACUGUGUGCUGCCGUACACAGGUGGGUCCUGGAGUGCCAGCAGGGACCAGAGGGGAUACUUGGCCUUGCUUUGGCAAUGCCUGAGUCUCAGUGCCCAGGUCUGUGGGGCUGCAGUGCUGCUCCGAGGACUCACUCCUCAGCUGUCCUUCUUGCCUGUACUGACUGGAUCUUACCGCUACAUCUCACUCAGAGGUGUCACCCCUUCGAUGGCUGUUACAACUGAGAAGACGUGUAAUGGCUUAGAUCCUUGCCAGAAUGGAGGUUCCUGUGUGGAUGGAGUGAAUACUUUCUCCUGCCUCUGCCUUCCGGGUUUCACUGAGGAUAAGUGCCAGACAGACGUGAAUGAGUGUCUGAAUGAACCCUGUAAGAAUGGAGGGACCUGCUCUGACUACGUCAACAGUUACACUUGCAAGUGCCAGGCAGGAUUUGAUGGAGUCCACUGUGAGAACAACAUCGAUGAGUGCACUGAGAGCUCCUGUUUCAAUGGUGGCACAUGUGUUGAUGGGGUUAACUCCUUCUCUUGCUUGUGCCCUGUGGGUUUCACUGGACCCUUCUGCCUCCAUGAGAUCAAUGAAUGCAGCUCUCAUCCAUGUCUGAAUGAGGGAACAUGUGUUGAUGGCCUGGGUACCUACCACUGCACCUGCUCAUUGGGCUACACUGGAAAAAACUGUCAGACCCUGGUGAACCUCUGCAGUCAGUCUCCAUGUAAAAACAAAGGUACUUGCGUUCAGGAAAAAGCAGAGUCCCGGUGCCUGUGUCCAUCUGGAUGGGCUGGUGCUUAUUGUGACGUGCCCAAUGUCUCUUGUGACAUAGCGGCCUCCAGCAGAGGCGUGCCUGUUGAACACUUGUGCCAGCACUCAGGUGUCUGCAUCAACGCUGGCAACACGCAUUACUGUCAAUGUCCCCUGGGCUAUACUGGGAGCUACUGCGAGGAGCAGCUCAAUGAGUGUGCGUCCAACCCCUGCCAUCACGGGGCAACGUGCAGUGACUUCAUUGGUGGAUACAGAUGUGAGUGCGUCCCAGGCUACCAGGGUGUCAACUGUGAGUAUGAAGUGGAUGAGUGCCAGAAUCAGCCCUGCCAGAAUGGAGGCACCUGUAUUGACCUUGUGAACCAUUUCAAGUGCUCCUGCCCACCAGGCAGUCGGGGCCUACUCUGUGAAGAGAACAUUGAUGACUGUGCCGGGGGUCCCCACUGCCUUAAUGGUGGCCAGUGUGUGGAUAGGAUCGGAGGCUACAGUUGUCGCUGCUUGCCUGGCUUUGCUGGGGAACGUUGUGAGGGAGACAUCAACGAGUGCCUUUCCAACCCCUGCAGCUCUGAGGGCAGCCUGGACUGUAUCCAGCUCACCAAUGACUACCUGUGUGUUUGUCGUAGCGCCUUCACUGGCCGGCACUGUGAAACCUUCAUCGAUGUGUGUCCCCAGAUGCCCUGCCUGAAUGGAGGGACUUGUGCUGUGGCCAGCAACAUGCCUGAUGGUUUCAUUUGCCGUUGUCCCCCGGUAAGUGCCCUGUUGCUCAUAAGGGGCAUUCUCUCUUCCAUACAAUAUCUGGGAGGAAGGAAGGCUCCCAUCACCCUUCAUGACACAUUCUGCCUGACCUGCACUCUUCUGUUUUCCUUCUCCACUUCUCCCUUGGCAUCCGACAGCUCUAAAGUCUUUCUGGAAAUUGACAACCGCCAGUGUGUUCAAGACUCAGACCACUGCUUCAAGAAUACGGAUGCAGCAGCAGCUCUUCUAGCCUCUCAUGCCAUACGGGGGACCCUAUCAUACCCUCUCGUGUCUGUCAUCAGUGAAUCCCCGAUUCCAGAACGCACUCAGCUCCUCUAUCUACUUGCUGUUGCUGUUGUCAUCAUUCUGUUUAUUAUUCUGCUGGGGGUUAUCAUGGCAAAACGAAAGCGUAAGCAUGGCUCUCUCUGGCUGCCUGAAGGUUUCACUCUUCGCCGAGAUGCAAGCAAUCACAAGCGUCGUGAGCCAGUGGGACAGGAUGCUGUGGGGCUUAAAAAUCUUUCGGUGCAAGUCUCAGAAGCUAACCUAAUUGGCUCUGGAACAAGUGAACACUGGGUUGAUGAUGAAGGGCCCCAGCCAAAGAAAGUGAAGGUGAGGUGUCCGUGUCAAGUCAGGACUGGGAUGUGUAGAUGGCAGUUGCUUCAUGGCCACUUCUCUCCCUCACCCUUUAUGGGCACUUCUCCUUCUAUAAGAGAAGAUGAAAUGAAGCAGCGGAAGAAAGCCGGAAAAUCUGCUCUUCACUGGGCAGCUGCUGUCAAUAAUGUGGAGGCGACUCUUUUGCUGUUGAAAAAUGGGGCCAACCGAGACAUGCAGGACAACAAGGAAGAGACACCUCUGUUUCUUGCUGCCCGGGAGGGGAGCUAUGAAGCAGCCAAGAUCCUGUUAGACCAUUUUGCCAAUCGAGACAUCACAGACCACAUGGAUCGUCUACCCCGCGAUGUGGCUCGGGAUCGCAUGCACCAUGACAUCGUGCGCCUCCUGGAUGAAUACAAUGUGACCCCAAGCCCUCCGGGCACCGUGCUGACUUCUGCUCUCUCACCUGUCAUCUGUGGGCCCAACAGGUCUUUCCUCAGCCUGAAGCACACCCCAAUGGGCAAGAAGUCUAGACGGCCCAGUGCCAAGAGUACCAUGCCCGCUAGCCUCCCUAACCUUGCCAAGGAGGCUAAGGAUGCCAAGGGCAGUAGGCGGAAGAAGUCUGUGAGCGAGAAGGUCCAACUGUCUGAGAGUUCUGUAACUCUGUCCCCUGUUGAUUCCCUAGAAUCGCCUCACACAUAUGUGUCUGACACCACAUCCUCUCCAAUGAUUACAUCCCCUGGGAUCUUGCAGGCCUCACCCAACCCUAUGUUGGCCACUGCCGCCCCUCCUGCCCCAGUCCAUGCCCAGCAUGCACUGUCUUUUUCUAACCUUCAUGAAAUGCAGCCUUUGGCUCAUGGGGCCAGCACUGUGCUUCCCUCAGUGAGCCAGUUGCUGUCCCACCACCACAUUGUGCCCCCAGGCAGUGGCAGUGCUGGAAGCUUGGGUAGGCUCCAUCCAGUCCCAGUCCCGGCAGAUUGGAUGAACCGCAUGGAGGUGAAUGAGACCCAGUACAAUGAGAUGUUUGGUAUGGUCCUGGCUCCAGCUGAGGGCGCCCACCCUGGCAUAGCUCCCCAGAGCAGGCCACCUGAAGGGAAGCACAUAACCACCCCUCGGGAGCCCUUGCCCCCCAUUGUGACUUUCCAGCUCAUCCCUAAAGGCAGUAUUGCCCAGCCAGUGGGGGCUCCCCAGCCUCAGUCCACCUGCCCUCCAGCUGUUGCGGGUCCCCUGCCCACCAUGUACCAGAUUCCAGAAAUGGCCCGUUUGCCCAGUAUGGCUUUCCCUACUGCCAUGAUGCCCCAGCAGGAUGGGCAGGUAGCUCAGACCAUUCUUCCAGCCUAUCAUCCUUUCCCAGCCUCUGUGGGCAAGUACCCCACACCCCCUUCACAGCACAGUUAUGCUUCCUCAAAUGCUGCUGAGCGAACACCCAGUCACAGUGGUCACCUCCAGGGUGAGCAUCCCUACCUGACACCAUCCCCAGAGUCUCCUGACCAGUGGUCAAGUUCAUCACCCCACUCUGCUUCUGACUGGUCAGAUGUGACCACCAGCCCUACCCCUGGGGGUGCUGGAGGAGGUCAGCGGGGACCUGGGACACACAUGUCUGAGCCAACACACAACAACAUGCAGGUUUAUGCGUGAAAGAGGCUGCCUCCAGUGUAGAGACAUAACUGCCUUUUGUAAAUGCUGCUGAGGAACAAAUGAAGGUCAUCCGGGAGAGAAAUGAAGAAAUCUCUGGAGCCAGCUUCUAGAGGUAGGAAAGAGAAGAUGCUCUUAUCAUUCACGUAAUGCAGGAGAAGCAGUUCAUCAGUUUCACUGGAUAUCAGCAAGGCUUAUUGGGGGGCAUGGCUCCUUCUAAUCUAAUAAUCAAGACAAGUUCAUGGAAAUGCAAGAUGAAUACAAGCCUUGGGACCAUGUUUACUGUCUUCUAUUUGGAGAAUAAGAUGGAUGCUUAUUGAAGCCCAGACAUUCUUGCAGCUUGGACUGCAUUUUAAACCCUGUGGGCUUCUGCCAUAUCCAUGAGAAGAUUCUACACUAGAGUCCUAUUGGGAAUUGUGCCCCAGAAUUCUGCCUGAAUUGACCUACGCAUCUUCUCCUCCUUGGACAUUCUUUUGUCUUCAUUUGGUGCUUUUGAUUUUGCACCUCUCCGUGAUUGUAGCCCUACCAGCAUGUAAUAGGGCAAGACCUUUGUGCUUUUAAUCAUUCUGGCCCAUGAAAGAGACUUCAGCCUCCUUUCCCCUCCUGUCUUCCCAGCAUCCCUUGGAGUCUCACAGGGGUUACUUUGGUAUGGUUCUCAGCAUAAACCUUUGAAGUAUGUUUCUUUUGCAAAUGGACAUACUGUAUUGUGUUCUCCUACAUAGAUCAUUCCUAGAGAAAGAAGGGGAGCAGAAUAUUUUUCUUGAGCAAAUUUUGGGGACAGGAGAUCCCUUCAAGACGCUGCACCUUAAUUUCUCUUGUCUGUAUACAAAUCUUCAUAUAAACUUUACCAGGAAGAAGGGUAUAAGUCUGUUGUUUUUCUGUGAGUGGGCCUGGACAGUGUGAAGUUUUAUCCUUGAUAGUCUAGUUACUAUGAUUCUCCACUUUUUUAAAACCAGAAAAAGGAUUGGAAUGUUAGAAUGACCAAGAGACAAGCUAACUUGUGUAAGAGGAAGUUACCCACCCGCAGGUCCCCCAGCUUCCUACCCAACAUUCCGUUCACUGCCUGUAUGGAACACAUUUGUCCCAGAUCUGAGCACUCUAGGCCUGUUUCACUCACUCACCCAGCAUAUGAAAGUAGUCUUUUAAUUGUUGAGCCUUUCCUUUCAUCUCCACAGAAGAAAAUGUCUGAAAUGUUGUACCCUUGCCAUUUAGGACUGAACUUUCCUUAGCCCAAGGGGCCAAGUGACAGUUGUCUCCUUUUUGUCCGGUGAUCAGUGUCUACCUCCUGAUUAUCUUUCUGCUUAAAGGCCUGCUGACCAAGCUUUCUUUCACACUGUGUGGUCUGAGUUACUGGUAUACCCAGUAUGUUCUCACUGAAGACGACUUUCUGUGUUCAAGUGAAGGAAAUGGAAAGUCGGGCUUGUUUUCUAGGGUCUAAGCCCUAUGAGAAGGUUGGAAAAGGAGGAACUAUAUAGCAGCCUUUGCUAUUUUCUGCUACCGUUUCUUUCCUUUGAAGUGGCCAUGACAUUCCCUUUGGCAACUAACAUAGAAACUCACCAGAACGUUUUCCUUUCCUAGAGUCACCUUCUAGAUGAUAGUGGACAACAACUCAUUGUCGUCAUUCUCAUGUUCAGACUGUGAUAGCCCCUCACCUGAAUCCGCUCUCUGUAUCCAUGUUCUUGGCAAUUUCCUUGACUGUCUUUUAAUUCCAGAAGCGUCUUAGUCAAUUGUAGAAAAAGAAUAGUUUUCUUUUUCUUACCCUUGGGCCAGUUAAUAAUUCGUCCUUGGCUACACUGCCACUUCUGUACAGUGCUGCGAUGCCCAUGACGCCUGCAAAAUAAUUUCUGCCUGGGCAUUUUGUAGAUAUUAAUAGGUGGAUUCCUGACUCUUGGUUUGAAUGACAGUUCUCAUUGCAUGGCUGCAGAUAUACAUCAGUGCACCCCACUUACCUGAUUUGUCUGUCGAUGGCCCCAUAUGGAAAAAUCUGUUGGCAUAAUAGUUCACAAAUGGUUUUUUCACUCCUAUUCAAAUUUAUUGGACCAACAAAAAUAAUUAGUUCUGCCCUGAGAUAAGCAGAUUAAGUUUGCUCAUUUUCUGUUGUAUUCUCUCCACGUGGCAACAAUCCGUCAGCUUCUUUCAUAGUGUGCAGACAUUUUAUCAUUCCAAAUGGUGACUCUCUGCCCUUGGACCCAUUUAUUAUUCACAGAUGGGGAGAACCCAUCUGCAUGGACCUCUCUGGACACAGCAUACCUGCCCCUUCCUGCCCUCCUGCUCCUUCCCCACUUCUGGAAGUAUUAGCUGUUGAUCCAGCCACUUGGAUAUUUUAUAUCCUCCCUUUUCCCUAAGCACAAUGUUGGACCAAAUUGCUUGUUUCUUUUUCUCGGAAUACUUUAAUUUGGAUCCUUUGGGUUUGGAGAAAGGGAUUGUGAAAGCUGUCAUUAUAGACAACAGGUUUCAGUGAGGAGGAGGAGGAGGAGGACAACACUGCCUUUCAGACAUUUUACUGAUCUCUUAAAGAACUCUUGAAUUGUGUGGUAUCUAAUAAAAGGGAAGGUAAGCUGGAUAAUAACUUUCUUAUUUGGAUUCUGAAUUGGAGACUCAGUUUUUACAAGACACAUCUUUUAUGCCAUGUAUAGAUCCUCUUCUGCCAUUUUUGGUUUAUUUUUAUUUUUAUAAAUUCUUCCUUUCUUUGACUCCUCUUCUGCCUGCCUUUGGGGAUAGGUUUUUUGUUUGCUUAUUUGCUCCCUCUGUAUGUGAUGGUGGGGGAGGGAGAGGUGGGAGGAAGAGAGUCUGAGAAUUAAAGAUUUCAGUGUAAGCAAUCAGCUAUGAUGCUCAAAUCCAUUGCAUCAUCUUAUUGAAUUUGCCAGUUUGUGAUUCUUGCAUAGUAAAGAACCAAAGGUAUAAUGUUUUGUUGAGAGGUGGUUUGGGGGUUUUGACCCUAACCAAUACAUUGAAUGUAUGAUGACUAUUUGGGAGGACACAUUGAUGUACCCAGAGGCCCCCACUAAUAACUGGUACUAUGGUUAUUUCCUUGUGUACAUUUCUCUUAAAAGUGAUAUAUCUGUUUGUAUGAGAAACCCAAUAACCAAUAAAAAUGACCGCAUAUUCCUGACUAAACAUAGUAAGGAAAAUGCACACUUUGUUUUUACUUUUCCAUUUCAUGCUAAAGGUAGUUAAGAUGAAAUUUAUAUGAAAGCAUUUUUAUCACAAAAUAAAAAAGGUUUGCCAAGAUCA